UCUCCUCCACAUCAAGAACUUUUCACAAGAAAAUGGAUCAAGAAUUUGAGGAAUCACCAGAGCAGAAGCUUCAUAAUGAAGAUGAACAACAAGGCUUAGGCCUAGGCCUAAACCAAGACCAUAUCCAAGAUGAAUUUCCAAAACUCCAAAGCCAAGGGCAUGAACAAGGCCUCGAAAUCCAAGGCCGGGCUCUAGAGCAAGAGUUCGAAAGCCAAAGCCAAGGCCAAGAGCAAGGGCAAGGCAAAGGGCGUCUCUUUGGUCGAGAGAAACCAGUGCAUAGCGCUCUUGGGGGUGGAGCAUCCGCGGACCUCAUUCUAUGGCGAAACAAGCAGAUGUCUGCAGCGCUGCUAGCCGGCUCUACUGUCAUAUGGCUCCUCUUCGAAUGGAUAGGCUACCAUCUCAUCCCUUUCAUCUGCCACUUCCUCAUUCUCGCUUUGGCGACGCUCUUCCUAUGGUCCAACCUCUCCUUCUACGUUCACAAGUCGCCUCUCAACUUGCCUGUAAUCGAGUUGCCACAGGAUUUAUGCACGGCCGUUGCCCUCCUACUAUGCGACCGAUGCAACCAAGCUAUCACAAUGCUAUGGGAAGUGACUUCAGGGAAGGACUUAAAGAAGUUUCUAACUGCGAUUUUCGCCUUAUGGGUCGUCUCCAUUGUCGGGAGUUGGUUCGACCUCCUGACUAUCAUCUACAUCAUAAAUGUGUUGAUUCUGACGAUGCCCUCAUUGUACGAGAAACACGAGGAUCGAGUGGACUCAUACGCCCUAAAGGCGAAAGCCAGGCUGAAGAGACAAUACAGCAAACUGGAUGAAAAGGUUCUUCAAAAGCUACCAAAAGUUCCAUUCAUCUCAGACAAUAAGCAGCAGUGAUUGGAAAAAUAAAAAAAAAAUCUAAAAUAUGUUUAGUGCUGAUAAAGAUCCAAAACCUAGUGAUGAUUUAGGGUGAAAGGCCUCUGGAUUUACAUUU